AUGAACUUUCAUGAUGACACUUUCUUAGGUGAAGGUGGAUUCGGACGUGUCUACAAAGGAAAGCUUCAAAGCACCGGUCAGGUUGUUGCUGUUAAACAAUUAGACAUAUAUGGUCUACAAGGUAACAGAGAGUUUCUAGUAGAAGUUCUUAUGCUCAGCCUUCUUCAUCAUCCAAACUUAGUCAACCUUAUUGGUUACUGUGCUGAUGGAGAUCAACGCCUCCUUGUCUACGAGUUUAUGCCCUUAGGAUCAUUGGAAGAUCACCUCCACGAUCUUCCACAAGAUAAGGAGGCAUUGGAUUGGAACACAAGAAUGAAGAUAGCUGCUGGUGCAGCUAAAGGUUUGGAGUUUCUACAUGAUAAAGCAAAACCUCCGGUUAUCUAUAGAGAUUUCAAGUCAUCAAAUAUUCUACUGGGUGAAGGUUUCCACCCAAAGCUUUCUGAUUUUGGACUUGCUAAACUUGGACCAACGGGAGACAAUUCUCAUGUCUCCACUAGAGUCAUGGGCACUUAUGGAUACUGUGCUCCAGAGUACGCGAUGACCGGACAGUUGACAGUAAAGUCAGAUGUGUACGGUUUUGGUGUGGUGUUUCUUGAGCUCAUUACUGGUAGAAAAGCAAUAGAUACUGAUAUGCCUUAUGGACAACAGAAUCUAGUGGCUUGGGCUCGUCCAUUGUUCAACGACAAGAAAAGGUUCAUAAAACUAGCUGAUCCUAAGUUAAAGGGGAAGUUUCCAACUCGAGCACUGUAUCAAGCAUUAGCUGUGGCUUCAAUGUGCAUCCAACAGGAGGCGGCUUCACGUCCACCAAUAGCAGAUGUGGUCACUGCACUCUCAUAUCUUGCAAACCAAGCCUAUGAUCCAAACAAGAACGAAAAUGGUGGGAGGUUAAUAGCAAGGAACGAUGAAGAAGGUGGCAAGUUUGAUCUAGAAGGUUCUGAAAAGGAAGAUUCACCUAGUGAGACGGCUAGCAAUUUGAACAGAGACAUUGAUAGGGAGCGUGUGGUUGCUGAGGCUAAAAUGUGGGGAGAGAAUUUGAGGGAGAAACGAAGACAGAGUGAGCAAGGAACUUCAGAGAGCAGUGGCACCGGUUAG